AUGGAGACCGAGCGACCAUUGAGCAUCCUUCCGUCGAUCAAAUGCUCCGACUGCGGUGCUGAGAUCCAAAUCUCUGCCAUGGGAGAGCACGUGUGUCCAUCACAGCAGAAGGAGGACCAGGUGUCGCCAAAGCUCAGAUCGCCAAUUGCAUCACCGGCCACAUCUCCCUCGAUAGAGCAGCCACGAGCUCUGCUACCGCCCAACAAGCAGAGCUUGAACAGACCCCCGUCGAGGCCGAACAGGAGUCCUCUUCCUCGUAUUGAUCCUUCUGUAGCGAACAAGCCGUACCAAGCGCGAAAGGAACUGCUUUCACCAGAUGGAUCCAGCAGCUCAGGACGUCGCACACCACUGACACCACUCACUGGCAGACCUGGCCGCUCCCCUGGAAUGCGCAGUGCUACCAGCCCCAGCCCCAGGCUCCCACGAGAACCAUCGCAAGAGCUCACUGGAAACAUGGACUGCGCAUUCCCACCCUUCCCUACAGCACGAUCCAAGUCGGUAGCAAGAGUCAAGAGCCCCGUACCCGAUGCACACUACGCACCUCGAAGCCCCAUGGGCACGGGCGGUGCCAACGUCGUGCGCAAGCUGGAUAACAUCGCAUCUGGUCCUUUCAAUGCUCGCAGUACCUCUAGAUCACCUCCUGCGAGUGCAAGCACUCGACCACCUCCUGCCAUUACCAUCGACCAGCCUCCGGUCGAGAGAGCAGCGUCGCCCAUUUUCAGAUCGGCGUCGCCUGUGAGUUAUGAGAGACCUGCGUCUCCUCCAACAAGAUCAGCAUCUCCCCCUCAAGUCCCUGCUUCGCCCACCUUGUCCACUGCUUCGACAUCUCCUGGCGGCACCAACCGUGAAGGUCGCCCUAUCCCACAACGUCCUGUCAGACCAGAGCCGCUGGAUGGCUUCCUUGCCUUGCUCAAGAGCGAAUCCGAGGCCGCCGGUCAACAACUGUCCAACAUGACUAUCCGCUCAAACACCUUCCCUCUUCCUCCGACCGCACCCAAAUCGCCCGAAGUUGGCUCAGUCGUCAGAAGCCCUUCGGCACCGCCUACCAGACAGCGAAGGCCUACCAUCUCUGGCGCUUCGCAGAGCGCUCCUAGUGACUUGCUCCCCACCAUCUCGACCACUGCUCCCCCACUGCCACCACUUCCUACCAUCUCUACCGCCGUGGCACCAGCACCGCCCCCGCUUCCUUCGGCCGCCGAUUUGCAAAAGCAUGCGCACCCCAUUGUACACGCUCCUUCAGAUUCGGCCUCUUCGGCUUCGUCGACACGAAGCUUCAAGUCAGACGUUAGCCCCCCUGGCUCGGCCUCAUCAAGUGUAUCUAUGCUAUCGUCUACUCUGGGUGACCUCUCUGAUCCCUCUCUGGUUGUUCCCAGUCUGCAAUUAAAGAACAAGCAAACAAACCGCUUGAGCCCAGACGAUGCUUUGAAGCCUAGCUUUGUCGCCGCUGAGCAACCCGUCUCGAUUGGUGAGAGACUUGACAGUCCGACCGAAAAGAUGGACCGCUUCCCUCUGAACCUUCCUCGUACCUCUCAUGAGGUCGACCUGCCCGAAUCGCCUGUUGUCCCUGGUUUCCUCCUUCAGCGCUCGCAAAGCUCCAUCUCGGCCACAUCUACUCCCAUGGCAUCUCCACCUACUGAACACGGCUUCUCUUCCAGACCCACAUCUGCAAAGCGACCCGGCACUUCGUCGAAGCACAUAUGCAGAGGUUGCAGCGAGCCUAUCCAAGGCAAAUCUGUCAAGGCUGCCGAUGGCCGUCUCACUGGUCGUUACCACAAACACUGCUUUGUCUGCAAAACCUGCAAGUCAGCCUUUGCGACUGCUGACUUUUACGUCAUUGACAACAAUCCAUACUGCGAACACCAUUACCACGAGCUCAACAACUCUCUGUGUGCCCACUGCGACCGCGGUAUCGAAGGACCUUACCUCGAGACCCAACAAGGACAGAAGUUCCACCCUAGCUGUUUCACCUGCAUUGAUUGCUCGAAGCCGCUCAGCGAUGAUUACUUUGAGAUCGCUGGCAAAGUUUACUGCGAGCAGCACGCUUUUGCUUCUGUACAACGUCAAGAGGGACUCGGACCAAAGAGAAACAUGGAGAGAAGAACCACACGCUUCAUGGUCAUGUAA